CUUUAAAAAAAAUUUCUGCGCAAACCGCAGAACCGCAGUUAGAGAGCAGCUAUAUAAUGUAGUAGAAUUCAAUGUUGGCAAAUAAACUUUUAAAAUAAACUCGACUAAAUUUGGAUAGUUUCAAAGCAUAUAUUUUACGUAAUUGAAUCUCUGGAUUUUUGUCAAUAGUCAUGGAUUUGAAUCUAAGUACUUUAUUCAUUUUUAUAGUUGUUUUUAUAUUUUACAGAAAAUUUACAAGCAUUUCAACAAAAAAUAAAAAUGACACAAGAAAUGUAGACGGCGAGAAUGCGUCUGAUGAAAUCAAAAAAUCGACAAAAUCCGACACAAGCCAAGACUCAAUACAAAUAGAUCCAGUUACUCAAAAAGACUUAACAGAAGCUGACGAACUAAUUUCUAAUCUUUAUAAAUCUAAGGGAAAAAAAGUUAAAAGAAAUGAAUUUGUUCACAAAUCCUCUGGGGUCACGCUUUCUUCGUGGAAGAUGAACGAAUGGGAUUACAAAAAACAUCGCACUCCUACACAAGCUAGGGGACUAUUUACAAGAGAAACAAAUAGUAAAAAUGAAAUAGUCAUCCGUGGUUAUGAUAAGUUCUUUAAUAUUGAUGAAGUAACAGAAACUAAGUGGGAGGAAAUUGUUACACAAACCAAAGGACCUUAUGAAGUUACGGUCAAGGAAAAUGGAUGCAUUAUAUUCAUUAGUGGACUUCCGGGAGAUUAUAUUGUAGUUACAAGUAAACAUUCAAUGGGUGAAAGAGAAAAUGCUUUAGCUCAUGCUGUUGUAGGUGAACAAUGGCUUGAUAAACAUUUGAAGAAAGUAGGUAGGACUAAAGAAGAGUUGGCAAAUUUCUUAUACAAAAACAGAUCGACUGCAGUAGCGGAGUUAUGUGACGACCAAUUUGAAGAGCACGUGCUUCCAUAUGCGCAAGAUAGUUAUGGAUUAUAUCUUCACGGAAUUAAUCUUAAUACAGCCGAUCUCAAAACAUGGCCAAGUAAAAUAGUCACAAAUUUUGCAAAGGAAUGGGGUUUUAAUCCAGUUAAAUAUUAUGUAAAGCAAACUGUAGACGAGGUUAAAAGUUUCAUUAAUGUAAUCAAAGAAAAAAGGGUGCUAGAUGAUAGACCAAUUGAAGGAUUUGUUAUCCGAACUAAAACUGUUUCAACAGGGCAAGAUUUCUUCUUUAAAAUCAAAUAUGAUGAACCAUACCUUAUGUACCGUGAAUGGAGAGAAAUUACUAGAGCGGCUUUAAGUAAGAAAAAACCAAGAACAACUUAUGCGCUGAGUAAACAAUAUCUAGAAUGGGUUACAGAAAAGAUCAAAACGCAUCCUAAACUUUUUGAGGAGUAUGGUAAAAAUAAAGGAAUUUUCCGUGUUAGAGACAUGUUCUUGGAAUAUCUGAAUAAUAAAGGUGAUAUCCAGACCUUUGCAAAAAUUCCACAAGAAGAAAUCAAAACAUUAUUGGUUCCGGUUGGUACAAUAGGGUGUGGCAAAACGACCCUUUUUUUAGCACUAGCAAAAUUAUUUUCAUUUGCUCAUAUACAAAAUGAUAACAUUAUUGGAAAAAAAGCACGAAUUGAAUUUUACAGAAGUAUAAACGAAAGCCUAAGCAGCCACAGUGGUGUACUUGCAGACAGGAAUAAUCAUAUAAUAGAGUUGCGUAAGACUUUGAUAGAAGCAGUGAAAAGUAAUUUAUCAAACGUCCGUAUUGUAGCUAUUUACUGGAAUCAUGAAGAUCGAACUAAGAAUGAAAUUUUCAAAAUAACGUCUAAACGCGUAGUUUCUCGGGGAGAAAACCAUCAGUCUCUUACUCCCAAAAAUGUAGAAUAUGAGAAUGUCAUGUGGAGAUUUUUGAAUGACUUUCAACCUUUGAAUUCAAAUAACAAAAUAGAUAACCAAUUUGAUCAUGUCAUUGAAUUAGAUGUUGCCAAUGAUGUUAAAACUAACCUUGAAACUGUUAUUAAUGAAUUAAAACCGAUUCUUGGGUUUGAAAAACCUAGUGAAGAUAAAAUUGAAAAAGUUUUAGAAGAGAUAAGUGAUUACAAACCAACAGUCCGUAAAAUUGUUGGCAAUAAACCGCCUAAAGUUUCAUUUUAUGGAAUAAAAUUGGAUUUUAACGUACAAGAAUUUCUCUCUGAUUAUUAUAAUAAACAUCCAAACGAAGAUUCUGGAAUUUUCAAGAAAUUGGUUCAAGGGGAACGUAUUGGUUUUGAACAUCAUGUUACGCUCAUUCAUUCUAAAGAAUUAAAAAUAGAUCCACCGGACUACAAAAAAAAGAAGCUCUGGGAACAAUACGAAAAAAUAUGUAAAGAUCUUCCUCAAGUGAAAGUACAUAUUAAUAAGAUAGUUUUCGAUUCACAAAUUAUGGCUCUUGUUGUAGAUAGAAUUGUUCCAUCAGAGAUUCGUUCUACGAAUAAAAUUAUGCAUGUUACUAUUGGUACAGUAGACAAUAACGUAAAACACUUCCAAGCAAAUACAGUAUGCGAAUCAGCAUUGUCUAAAGAAAACCAAUCCGAGAUCUGUGUCACUAAUUUGGAAAAUGAACUGGUAGUAGAUGGAACUGUAAAAGCAUUUUAUUGAUGAUUUUAAUUUAUCAUGAAUGAAUAAAAAAAUAUUACUUUAUUAGGAACGAGAUUUUAGCACACUUUACAAUGUUACAAUAAACAUGUCUUAAAUACGUUCAUUCCUAGCUCUUUCUCUUAAAGAUCUUCUCAAAAUUUUACCAGCAGAACUUUUAGGAAUUUUAUCGGUAAAACAUACACCACCACGCAAUUUUUUAUGCGGAGCAACUCUUUGAGAGACAAAAUCUUUAAUUUCUUCUUUCAACUCAUCAGAUUGAAUUUCAUUUUGUUUUAAUACUACAUAUGCUAACGGAUAUUCCGUUGCUUGUUCAUCAGAAUUUACACCAAUUACAGCACAAUCAGUAAUUGAUGGAUGAGUAAGCAAAACUGAUUCAAGUUCAGCUGGAGCCACCUGGAAUCCCU